CAUUGAAAGAUAUGUGGAAGAAACCAUUCAUCAUUUCACUGACAAACAAUUUCAGUCAAAUUUUAGAAUAACGCGUGAAACUUUCCAAAGUUUACUUAUUAUUGUUGGUCCACAAAUAGAAAAUACUAAUACUACUGGAACUGGGAGACCAAUGGUCCCAGUUGAAAAACAGUUAUUAGCAACAAUAUGGCUAUUAGCGACGCCAGAUUCUUAUAGAUCAGUUGGAGAAAGAUUUGAUUUAAGCAAAUCUACAUUAUUUUCCUGCUUUGUUCGAAUUACGACAGCUUUAAAUGAUUUAGCACCUCAAGUGAUUCAUUGGCCAACAGAACAGGAACUUCCAUUGGUAAAAGAAAAAUUUAAAGCUAUGGCUGGAAUUGAUGGUGUUAUAGGUGCUCUCGAUGGGACAUAUGUACCAAUUAAAGCACCAUCAAAGGAUCCAGAAACAUAUCGAAAUCGUAAAAUGCAGUACGCCAUAACGCUGCAAGCAAUUUGCGAUGCUAAUUUAAAAUUCAUAGAUAGUUAUUCAGGAUAUCCUAGUUCAGUACACGAUGCUAGGAUUUUUAGAAAUUCUGACAUUUAUAAUUUGAUACGUCAAAAUCCAGAAAAGUAUUUUCCAAAUGAUGAAUUUAUUUUAGCCGAUAAAGCUUAUCCUACUUUAAAGUGGUGUAUUACUCCAUAUAUAAAUCGAGGAAAUUUGACAAGACAGCAGGGAAUUUUUAAUACACGAGUUUCACAGACAAGACAAACAAUUGAAAGAGCAUUUGCUCUUUUAUUUGGUCGAUUUAGACGCUUAAAAUAUUUGGACAUGAACAGAGUCGAUUUAAUACCCAAAACGAUACUUGCAUGCUGUGUUUUGCAUAAUAUAUGUCUAGAUUUUAGCGAUGAUUUGAUAUGCGAAUAUGUACAAGAAGGUAUGGAGGCAAUAAUGGAAAAACCACAGGAACAAAUUAUAUAUGAAAAUGAAAAUGAAAAACGACUUGGAAAUGAACGUCGCGAUGCACUAUGCAAAGCAUUAAAUCAAAAUCGUCGACAAAUGUAAUAUGUUCUCAGUGCUAUAUUCUGUAAUAUAACAUAUAUUCUAUAAUAUAUUUUAUAACUAUAUU